AUGAUAAGUGGUGUAGGAGUGGCUAGGGGGUGUAGAGGGUGUGUGGGGGCAGGUGUUGAGUAUAAUAGUGAGUAUAUGUGGGGCGGGUGUGGAUGGGUUGGGACACUGAGCGCCCAUAGGCUAGCAUUACAAAGGGGUGCCAACACUGGCCUUCAAUAUAAUGUAAACGAAGGCAUGUCUGACACCCAAACCCCCAUACGAUUGCUGUCCACUAUAUGGGCGCCUCUUCUCAUGCCUUACAUACGGGUUGUUGUCGUGAAAAGCAAUGAUAAGAAAGCUUUCAGUCACAGUGUUGUGAAAAGAGUCAGAAAUUUUUUUGAAAAGAAGUGUCUCUUUUGCGGACCCAUUGAAAGGAUGGGUAGAGACGACGCGAUCACCGCUAAGUUUAACGCCACUAACGCUAAACGCAUUGCCAUACUAUUGGUGUUGACACUUAUUGCAUACCACGGAGUUCUUCACGUCACAUAU